GUUCUGGCGGACGACAUGGGGCUCGGUAAGACCAUCCAGGUCAUAUCGUUCCUCUCCGGCAUGUAUGACAACGACCUGGUAAAACAUUCGCUUCUCGUUAUGCCAACAUCCCUCAUUACAAACUGGAUCAAGGAGUUCUCCAAAUGGACCCCUGGCAUGAGGGUAAAGGAGUUUCACGGUGCGAGCAGAGCCGAGAGGACCAGGCGUUUGGAGAAGGUUCAGAGGAGGGGGGGCGUCGUCAUCACCACCUACACCAUGCUGAUGAACAACUGGCAGCAGGUGGCCUCCUAUCAGGGAAAGGAGUUUGUUUGGGACUACAUGAUCCUGGAUGAGGCCCACAAAAUAAAAAACUCUUCCACUAAAACGGCCAAAAGUGCCUACGCGAUCCCCUCUAAGAACAGGGUUCUUCUUACAGGAACCCCAGUCCAGAACAACCUGAGGGAGAUGUGGACGCUCUUUGACUUCGCCUGCCAGGGAACUCUCCUGGGAACAGCAAAGACUUUCAAAGCUGAAUAUGAGAACCCCAUCACUCGCGCCCGGGAGAGAGACGCCACCCCGGGAGAAAAAGCUCUGGGUUCCAGGAUGUCCGAAAACCUCAUGGUCUUGAUAAAACCCUACUUUCUCCGUAGGACUAAAUCAGAAGUACAGAAGAAGAACGCUGAUGGAAGAGAGGACGGGGCAGAUUACAGAAACGAACAAAUCCCACAGGAGCAGUCCCUCUCUGGAGCAAUUAUGCCAGAACUGACCCGAAAAAACGAUCUGAUAGUUUGGACUUACCUGAGCGCCGUUCAGGAGGACAUUUACAGGCAGUUCAUCAGCUUGGACCACAUCAAGGAACUGCUGAUGACCACCAGAUCUCCCCUGGCCGAAUUAACCAUUCUAAAAAAGCUGUGCGACCAUCCGAGACUCCUUUCUGCCAACGCCAUUGCAAAGUUGGGCCUGGAGGAGAGUCCUGAGGACGGGUCACCGAGCGAAGCCACAGAAAGUGACACCAACAGCAUCGCCAACGUUUCAGACGCAACUUUAAUAUCAGAGUCUGGGAAACUCGUCUUUCUGCUGGCUCUUCUGGAAAGGCUCAGAGACGAAGGCCACCGGACGCUCAUCUUCGCUCAUUACAGGAAGGUGCUCGACAUUCUUGAACGCAUCCUGGGCAACCGAGGGUUCAAAGUCCUGCGGCUGGACGGAACCAUCGCACAAAUCGCAGAACGAGAGAAGCUCAUCUCUCGCUUCCAGACUGACAAGCGUUACUCCGUCUUCCUCCUCACCACUCAGGUCGGUGGAGUCGGCAUCACCCUGACGGCAGCGGACCGAGUGGUCAUCUAUGACCCGAGCUGGAACCCAGCGACCGACGCCCAGGCUGUCGACAGAGCGUACCGCAUCGGACAGACGGAGAACGUCGUCAUCUACCGGCUGAUCACCUGCAGCACGGUGGAGGAGAAGAUCUACAGGCGCCAGGUUUUCAAAGACUCUCUGAUCCGACAGAACACCGGGGACAAGAAGAACCCGUUCCGGUACUUCAGCAGGCAGGAACUAAAGGAGCUCUUCCUCCUGGAGGACACGCGGUCUUCGUCCACCCAGCUGCAGCUGCAGGCUCUACACACCCGGCACCGACAAACCGACCCGGAGCUGGACGAGCACAUCGCCCACCUCCACACCCUGGACAUGUUUGGCAUAUCUGACCACGACCUCAUGUUCUCCCUCGACGUCCACCACGACGAAGGUCCAGAGAAUCAGGAGGAGCAUCAGUACAUCGAAGGGCGGGUCCAGAAGGCCCAGGAGCUGAUGAGGGCCGAGUCUGAGCUGCAGAUGCAGAUCACAGAGAGCGUGACGCUGAACACAGAACCAGCCUGGCUCAGACCACCGCCCGGCACCAGCAGCACAGAGAGGAAACCCAGAAAUCCUAAACCGGCUCCUCCGCCUCCUCAGACCCACCGCUUCAACACGUCACCUGCUGCGGUGGAUCUGGACCGCUCUGGUUCUGGAGCCGAGAACGGCCCACAGGAUCUAAACGACGCCGUCAACGAUCCAACGGCGGACGCCUCUCAGCUGGAGUCCGUGAACGUUUCUGACCCGCUGGACAAACCUUCAGGACACAACAGCAGCCUGCAGCUUACAGCUGAUGACCACGACGGACCCAACAGAACCGCUCAGUCUGUAGUGGACUUGACGAACCUCAGCCCGCUGCAGAACAGAACCGCUUCUGUUCUCCAACAGUCCAGCUUCAGAUCAGAAACCUCCAGAGUGAGUGCCGGGCUCGAUUCUUUGAACUGCAACUUUAAUUUACAGCUGGAUGACAGCAUCGAGGUUCUGGAGGAGCGGGAGGUUCUGGAGGACCAGGAGGUUCUGAUGGACCAGGAGACUGAGGACCAGGAGGUUCUGAUGGACCAGGAGACUGAGGAGGAGGAGCAGAAGCUUCUGCUGCAGCUUCAGAUGAACGGCAGCUUUGACGUGGGCAGGUCUCUGUCAGAGAGUCGGCACCACCGAGCUUCAGGCGUGGACGAGUCCAUGAACGAGUCCUCCGUCAUCACCACCAAGAAGAAGAAGAAAAGGAGAGUGGCGGUGAUUUACGACAGCGAUGAAGAGCAGCAGAAGUGUCCGCUCGACGAAUCGCUUCAGGUUCUUGGAGCCUCCACUCCAAAGUCGUCUUCGCCUCCUCGCCGGUCGAGGAAGAGUGUAGGUGGAAACAUCUCGGUGGUGUCCCGCAGGUCCCUCCUCCACUCCAUCAUUGAGGACAUGGACCAUCAGGAGGAAGAUGAUGAGGAAGGUGAGGCUGACUCUGUUUCAGGGUUUAAAGUGACAAGAGAGACUUUAAACUCUGAGGAAGAGGAGGAGGAAAACGGGAGCUUCAGCCUGGAGGAAUCGAGCGGGGACCCCGAGCUGGCCUCCGGCGAGACGAUGGACCGCUGCGCCGCCGAGUCGAGCGCCGAGCCCGAGAGCUACGACUUCCUGGUCCGACGGGGGAAGGAGUGCUACAACCGGGCCAAGCUGGACGACGCCCUGAGCUUCUUCCUCCGAGCCAUCGACCUCCAACCAGGAGACCCAGAGGUCCAGGUCUUGACCAUCCAGCUGUACCGGCAGCUGAGCCAGAGGUGA